AAUUCCGGCUGCGUGCUCCCUCGGGCGUCAUUGAUCCUCCUAUAGUCAACUGUACGUGGAUCCGAGCUGGGAGUUGCCCACUGUUUCUCUGGUGUUAUCAGUAUCAGGCUUUAGAUGAUGGCGAGCAGGAGGAAGAGCAGAAAACGGAGCUUGGCAGCAUGCCCCACCUUCGCCACUGUCAAGGGCCACUUGGGCCCCGGCAGGAAGGGCGUGGAGGGCCUGUGCGUGAGCAGCCUGCUGGGGGUUCUGAGGUCCCACUUGUGGAUGGUCGGGGACGGGCGUGCGACCCGGCUGCUGCUGGGCCCCCACGUCGUUCCUGCGUCACGCCAGCAUCACCGUGCUCAUUCCCUCUCCUAUUCUUUGUGCUCGUCCUUCACAGAUGGCGGGAGCGAGGAGCUGGCAGACCCCCGCUCGCCCGGUCUAGACCCUCACCUGAGCCACUUUGGCCAAGGUGGAAGCUUAGACGGCGACUGCGUCUUCGAGGUGGACUACUACGCUGCCUUGCCGCCGCCGCCACCACCACCACCGCUCUCCAUGGCCGAGGGCGUCCAGCACAUUCGCAUCAUGGAGGGCGUGACGCGCUCGCUGCCCUCGUCGCCACUGCUCGGCCACCAGGCUCUCGGCGCCCGGCUGCAGGCCGUCAAGAAGCUCACAGCCCCUCUGCGGAAAGCAAAGUUUGUGGCGAGCCCUCGCGUUCCGCAAUCGGAGCUCGGCUCCCCCGACCCUGCUGGGAAUUCCCACCUGGACAGAUUGUGCCCAGGGGAGUCGAGCCAGGAACUGGGCCCCCCUCCCACGGUGGAUGAGGCCGCCAACACAUUGAUGACGCGCCUGGGCUUCCUUCUCGGAGACAAAGCGAGCGAGGGGCCAGCCGGUCCCCACUACAGCAUGGAGGAGCCCGAGGCCAGACAGGGCCAAAACCAGCGCAUCAGCCCAUGCUCCACGCUGACCAGCAGCACAGCGUCGCCCCCCGCGGGCAGCCCCUGCUCUACACUGCCCGCCACCAUGCCAGGCCAGGCGGGCACCAGGGAGUGCGCCUACGGCUCCGUCACCAGUCCCACCUCCACACUGGAGAGCCGGGACAGCGGAAUCAUUGCCACUCUGACCAGCUACUCUGAGAACAUGGACCGCGGCGGCAGCAAGCAUGGCGGCGGCGGCAUGGAGGGCUCGCGUGGCAACCUGAAGCUGUGGCAGUCACAGAAAUCAGGCAUGGACUCCUUCUUGUACCGCGUGGACGAGAACAUGACGGCGUCUACGUACAGCCUCAACAAGAUCCCCGAGCGCAGCCUGGAAAGCAUGUCCUCACACUCGGCCCACUCCAUCCCCCUGUACCUCAUGCCCCGCCCCAACUCAGUGGCUGCCACAAGCUCGGCCCACCUGGAGGACCUGGCCUACCUGGACGAGCAGAGGCACACCCCCUUGCGCACCUCGCUGCGUACGCCCAGACAGAGCACCACCUGCGGGCCGGGCCGCUCGGGCCAGGACCUGAGAGUACGUUUUGCGCCAUACCGACCCCAGGACAUCGCCCUGAAACCGCUGCUCUUCGAGGUGCCGUCCAUCACGGUGGACUCUGUGUUCACGGGCCGCGAGUGGCUCUUCCAGGAGAUCGACGGCCACCUCAACCGCCCCGGCAGCAGCCGCGGCGUGGUGGUUGUCGGCAACAUCGGCUUCGGCAAGACCGCCAUCGUUUCCCGCCUGGUGGCGCUCAGCUGCCACGGCACACGCAUGCGUCAGAUCGCCUCUGACAGCCCGCAAGCCUCACCCAGACAUGGUGAGGGGCUCCCGCUCAGCCAGCCCCAGCCCACGCACGGCACGCUGGGGGGUGGCAGCUGUCCAGGCACCCCUGAGAUGCGGCGGCGUCAGGAAGAGUCCAUGAGGAGACUCGCCUCGCAGGUGGUGGCCUACCAUUACUGCCAGGCAGACAAUGCCUACACCUGCCUGGUGCCCGAGUUUGUGCACAACGUGGCGGCACUGCUGUGUCGCUCUCCUCACCUGGCGGCCUACAGGGAGCAGAUGCUGCGCGAGCCGCACCUGCAGAGCGUGUUGAGCCUGCGCUCCUGCGUCCAAGACCCGCUGGCGUCCUUCAGGAGGGGCGUGCUCGAGCCCUUGGACGCUCUCUACAAAGAGAGGAAGAUCAACUCUGAGGAGGACCUGAUCAUCCUCAUCGACGGGCUGAACGAAGCCGAGUUCCACAAGCCCGAUUACGGCGACACCAUCGUCUCCUUCCUCUGCAAGACCAUCCACAAGUUCCCCCCCUGGCUCAAGCUGGUGGUCACGGCCCGGACCACCUUGCAGGAAAUCACCAACCCGCUGCCGUUCCACCGCAUCUCGCUGGACGGCCUGGAGGAGAACGACGCCAUCGAUCAGGACCUGCACGGCUACAUCCUGCACCGCAUCCACAGCAGCCCGGAGAUCCAGAACAACAUCUCGCUCAACGGCAAGAUGGACAACACCACCUUCGGCAAGCUUAGUGGACACCUGAAGGCCCUCAGCCAGGGCUCCUACCUAUACCUCAAGCUCACCUUUGACCUUAUCGAGAAGGGCUACCUGGUCCUGAAGAGCUCAAGCUACAAGGUGGUUCCAGUCAACCUGGCCGAGGUGUACCUGCUGCAGUGCAACAUGCGCUUCCCCACGCAGUCGUCGUUCGAGCGGGCGCUGCCUCUGCUCAACGUGGCCGUGGCCUCGCUGCACCCGCUCACCGACGAGCAAAUCUACCAGGCCAUCAACGCCGGCUCCCUGCAGGGUACGCUGGAUUGGGAGGACUUCCAGCAGCGUGUAGAUAACCUGUCCGUCUUCCUGGUGAAGAGGCGGGACGGCACCCGCAUGUUUGUCCACCCGUCCUUCCGGGAGUGGUUGAUAUGGCGGGAGGAAGGCGAGAAGACAAAGUUUCUGUGCGAUCCCAGGAGCGGCCACACCCUGCUGGCGUUCUGGUUCUCGCGGCAGGAGAACAAGCUGAACCGGCAGCAGACCAUCGAGCUGGGCCACCACAUCCUUAAAGCACAUAUCUUCAAGGGUCUCAGCAAGAAAGUGGGGGUGUCCUCAUCCAUCUUGCAAGGCCUAUGGGUGUCCUACAGCACGGAGGGUCUGUCGGCUGCUCUCUCGUCACUGAGGAACCUCUACACACCUAACAUUAAGGUGAGUCGUUUGUUGAUGCUAGGCGGGGCCAACGUCAACUACCGCACGGAGGUGCUCAACAACGCCCCCGUGCUGUGCGUCCAUGCCCACCUGGGGUACAUGGACAUGGUGGCCCUGCUGCUGGAGUUUGGCGCCUAUGCCGACGCCCCCUCCGAAAACGGCCUGACGCCUCUUGGCUACGCUGCUGCCGGGGGUCACAUGGCUGCCGUGACGGCACUGUGUCGCAAGAGAGCCAAGGUGGACCACCUGGACAGGAACGGUCAGUGCGCGCUGGUGCACGCAGCCCUCCGGGGCCACAUGGAGGUGGUGAAGUUCCUCAUCCAGUGCGACUGGAGUGGGGGGUCGGCGCAGCACUCGCCGCAGACCCAGCAGCAGGCCACCUUUACCAAGAGCCACGCCGUCCAGCAGGCCCUGGUCGCCGCCGCCAGUAUGGGCUACACGGAGGUCGUGUCCUAUUUGCUGGACCUGCCCGAGAAAGACGAAGAGGAGGUGGAGCGAGCGCAGAUCAACAACUUUGACUCGCUGUGGGGCGAGACAGCUCUGACGGCAGCCUCCGGUCGGGGGAAGCUGGAGGUGUGCCGCCUGCUGCUGGAGCAGGGCGCCGCCGUGGCCCAGUCCAACCGGCGCGGCAUCGUGCCGCUGUUCAGCGCCGUCCGACAGGGUCACUGGCAGAUAGUGGACCUUCUCCUGACGCACGGCGCAGACGUCAACCUGGCGGACAAACAGGGCCGCACGCCGCUCAUGAUGGCCGCCUCGGAGGGACACCUGGGAACGGUUGAGUUUCUGCUCUCGCAAGGAGCCUCCCUGUCUCUGACAGACAAAGAGGGUCUGACGGCGCUCAGCUGGGGCUGCCUGAAGGGUCACCUGACGGUGGUCCGUUGCCUGGUGGAGAGCGGCGCUGCCACCGACCACGCCGACAAGAACGGUCGCACGCCGCUCGACCUCGCCGCCUUCUACGGCGACUCUGACGUGGUCCAGUUCUUGGUGGACCACGGCGCCAUGAUCGAGCACGUGGACUACAGCGGCAUGCGUCCUCUGGACCGGGCCGUGGGUUGCAGGAACACGUCGGUGGUGGUGGCCCUGCUCAAGAAAGGCGCCAAGAUAGGUCCGGCCACGUGGGCCAUGGCCACCUCCAAACCCGACAUCAUGAUCAUCCUGCUCAGCAAGCUCAUCGAGGAGGGUGACUGCUUUUACAAGAAGGGGAAGGUGAAGGAGGCGGCACAGCGCUACCAGUAUGCCCUCAAAAAGUUCCCACGGGAAGGCUUCAGCGAGGACCUCAAGACGUUCAGGGAGCUCAAGGUUGCGCUCUUCCUCAACCAAUCCCGAUGUCGGAGAAAAAUGAACGUGAGACUUUGGAUGGCUGAAGAAUUUGCUACCAAGGCCCUUGAGCUGAAACCCAAAUCCUACGAGGCCUACUACGCCAGGGCCCGGGCCAAGCGUAGCAGCAGGCAGUUUCCUGAAGCCUUGGAGGACCUGAAUGAAGCCUUGAAGCAGUGCCCCAACAACCGAGAGAUCCAGCGGCUGCUGCAGCGUGUGGAGGAGGAGUGUCACCAGCUGAGCCAGGGGGAGCUCCAGCCUCCAGACCUGGAGUUGGAGCCUCCUCCCUCCCCACCUCCCACGCCUCCCCCCGAGGAUGAAGGGUGCCUGUCCCUCUCCAUGCCUCUCCCGCCUCCCCCGGAGCCCCGUCUGGAGGACAUGGAGCCCGUUCAGGAUCUCUUUGAGGACGAGGACUACCUAGAGCAGGAACUGGAGGCCAUGUCCAUGGGUCUGCCCCCACCGGAGUCCCUCAGCAAUCCCUCCAGUCUCCCCAUCAUUCAGAGCCCCCCACUGUCGCCCACACACGCAGACCAGAUCUACCUAGCUGGAGGUUCUCCAAUGGGGCAGCCUUACGAGUACCACCCUACCUCCUCCUCCAUGUCCUCCCCGACCCGCGGGUCUUACCAGACCACGCCGCCCUCCAUCUCGCCCACGCAUCAUAAUUCCCACUAUCGACACAGCCCCCCGCACACCUCCCCGGUGCACCAGCCGUCCUACCGCUUUAGCCCGCCACCAAUGGGGGGUGGCGGGCAGGCGAUGGACCGGCAGAGCCCGCCGCCCUCCCCUCUGCGCCGGGCUGCCCAGUACAGAGCUAGUCCACCGGUGGAGAGCGUUUGUCUUUACAGAUCCCAGUCGGGCUCACCUGUGCGCUACCAGACGGAGCAGCACCCUGGCCGACCCAAAUCCCCCCUGUCUAAGAUGAGCAGCCAGCGCUCCUUCCAGCUUAGCUCACAGCCCUCGCUGUCGUCCCAGCAUCACCAAGCCCAAGGCCUUCGUCUGCAGCCCUCCAUCGCCCAAAUCGUGCGCACAAACCAGCCCAGUAGCGUGAUGGGCAACAGCGGCUACGGGGGGCAGAUGGGCCACUCCAUGGGUAGCCGUUACCCGGGCGGCUCGGUGGACGUGGACAGCCGACUGGUGUACCAGCCCUCGCUGGACGGGCGCUCUAUGUCGCAGGUGCAGGCCAGCCUCAGCUCUGGCGCCCUCUGUCAGCACGGCGGCCGAGGAGGGGUCAUGGAGUCUGUCCUGUUGAAGGACGAGCUACCCCAACGCCCCUCCUCUGCCUACCGCGCCAGCAGCGGGGGUCCGGCGGGCAUCCGUUACAGUCAGACGCCUCAGAUCAGUCGCAGCCAGUCCGCCGCCUACUACCCCGUCUCUGAGCACGUGCUGGAGCUUGCCAAUGCCAUGCCGCCUUGCCAGCUGGGCUCCCCUGAGGUCCCGCAUAUGGUGAGACGCCCCGUCAGUGCCAACACCACCGAGAUAAAGCCACACGUGCCCACCCCCAGGCCCCUCAUCCACUCGCAGAGCGUAGGCCUUCGUUUCUCCCCCUCCAGUAACAACAUUUCCACUGGCUCCACCUCAAAUCUGACGCCAGGCUUCAGGCCAUCCUCCUCCAUCCAGCAGAUGGAGAUUCCCUUGCAGGCCACCUACGAGCACUCCUGCGAUGACAUGUCACCAAUCUCUCCCUCGCAGGGCGGCGGGGUUUUGUAUCAGGGCGAGCCCACCCGAUCACGGAACACCCCCUUUAUGGGCGUCAUAGACAAGACGGCGCGGACUCAGCAGUACCUGCACCAGGCCUCUCGGUCCCGCGCCAUGACGUCCAUGGACUCGGCCAUCAGCCCCACAUCGCCCGGCCAACUGGUCCAGCAGGGGUCCACUUACAGCCCGCCCCCCUCGCUGGGAAACAUUGCCUACUACAACAAGACCAACAACGCACAGAACGGACACCUAUUGGAGGAGGACUACUACCCCCAGACACCACCUCCCUCGCUGGGCAAGCUGGCCAAUGGCUCGCGUGGCACUGGGGAUAUCCUGGAGCGGGUCAGCCAGGUGCCCACCUACCCGGACGUGAAGGUGGCCAGGACUCUGCCUGUGGCGCAGGCCUACCAGGACAACAUGUACCGCCAGCUCUCCCGAGAAUCCCGCACGCAAGGGCCCUCUUCACCCAUCAAACCAAAGAGACCGUUUGUGGAAUCCAACGUGUGACGGCUCAGACUGUGACGAGCAAAAACUCUUAGCAACACGAAGAUGGACUCGACUUGAAAGAAUUCCUGCGAGGGGGAGUACACACACUCUUAAGGGUCUUGGACUUCAACAUGACUGAGUAAUACACCAUGACUUCACCAUCCUGUAACGCCCACGGGCUCGAUUCCAAGUUCUGCACAAUGACCAGUGCACUUUUCCAAAAACUGCACAGUGACAUGGACAACUCCUUUGGACUCGUGGACUCUUAUCUUGCGUGCUCUUAACCAUGGUCGCUACUAGGCUCUAUUCAAUGUAAUACAAUACUAUAUGUUUAAUAAUGUACAUUGCUCGGCAGAAUACAAAAUGACUCAACAACUUCAAUACUAAUAGAGAACAAAUGACCAUAUUUAUAAUUAAAUUAUGUAUUGUACAUAGAAGUCAGAGGAAGCAUCGUUUGAAUCGUAUACCGUUCAUGCUGCCUUGGUGUCCCCGCUGCUGGUCCAAGAAGGGACAGACUUGCUAAAACUCUUCACAGAAGCUCGCAUGUGGAGCAUCAUUUUCCGGAACAUGGUUCAUUGAUUAGCUCUUUGCCGACGGAUUUACACAUUCUACACAGAGCGGGAAGUGCGGGAAUGUGCCAUACAAAAACAACCUGCCCAAGCCGGUUGUUCGCCUUUUAAGCACUUUUAAAGCUCCACUUUUAAACGUCAUUUAAAUUGGGCCCUGGGGACCGGAUGACGUACGUUUGCCCGGGCAGAGGCUCACGGAAAAACAAGCAAAUGCACUCUAGCCCCGCCUUCCUUCCGGUUUCUUUGCAUUUCCAACACAAACGCUUAAAAGGUGCACUUUAUAUUUUUCCGUUUCUUUUACAUUCUAUUUGUCGCAUCAGAGCAGCCAUGUCAGACUAUCAUAGAUGAUAUUUAAGAUGAUCUUUUUAAGACUUACAAAGAUGUAAUGUCUUUCUAGCACAAGUUGUACAGGUACGGUCCAGUUGAAAAUGU